ACUCAUAAUUUUAAAAGUAUAAUAUAAGUCGGGGGUACGUCAAGAAAAAUGAAGGAUCCACCUAACAUAAGUUUUAAGUAAAGGGUAGUCCUAUACACAAAGUAUUCUGCAUCCACGCAAGGUCUGGGGAAGGGCAGUCUACCCUGAUGCAAACGUCAAUGACUGAUUCCACGGCUCGAACCCGUGACUUAUACGUCAUACGAAGACAACUUGACAAUUGCUCCGAGGCUCCCAUCACAAGUGUUAGGUAAAAACUAUGAAUUGUGAAAGCAAAUAUAAACAUAUAUGUCCAUACAAUUGAUGUAACAGAUGUUGUUUAGUACACAUUAUGCUGGAGAUAUUCUAGCACUAAGAUUUCGAAAUGGAGAGCCCUGGAAAAAGGUUUUUGGCCCUGUUUAUAUCUACCUAAAUUCUGUCUCAUCUGAUGAUGAAGAUAUUCUCACACUAUGGACAGAUGCAAAGGAACAGAUGUUAAUAGAAACCGAAAAUUGGCCAUACGAUUUCCCUCUUUCGCAAGAUUUCGUUACAGCUGAUCAGCGAGGUACUGUAAGUGGCAGAUUACUCAUUAGCGACAGCUAUGUAAGUAAAAGACUUAUCACUGCAAAUUCUGCUUUCAUUGGGUUGGCUGCACCUGGAGAUGUAGGGUCAUGGCAAACUGAAAAUAAGGGUUAUCAAUUUUGGACUCAAACAGAUAAUGAAGGAUAUUUUUUGAUUAAAAAUAUCAUCCCAGGCAAUUAUAGCCUGUAUGCUUGGGUUCCUGGAUUUAUUGGUGAUUACAAAUUCAAGAACUACAUCAACAUUACCCCAGGAUCAAGAACUAGGCUGCAAACUCUAGUGUAUAACCCUCCAAGGAAUGGGCCAACAUUGUGGGAAAUAGGCAUUCCUGAAAGAACUGCUGCAGAAUUUUUCAUUCCUAAUCCACAACCAAGACUCCAAAACCAGUUAUACAUCGAACAUUACGCAGAAAAGUUUAGGCAAUAUGGACUAUGGGAUAGUUACACACAACUAUACCCUAAUGAUGAUUUAAUCUACACUGUUGGAUCAAGCAACUAUCAAACAGAUUGGUUCUUUGCUCAUGUAAAUAGAUGUACUUUCAACGAUGAAGGGAACAAAACAUAUAUACCAACAACAUGGCAAAUUGUGUUUGAUCUUCAAGAAGUGGAGAAGUCUUCAAAUUAUACACUUCAGCUAGCAUUGGCUUCAAUAAAUGAAGCUGAAUUACAAAUUCGAGUAAACGAUCAAGAUGCAGAUCAUGUACCUCACUUUACGACAGGGUUGAUAGGCAAAGAUAACGUGAUUGCAAGACAUGGAAUUCAUGGAUUGUAUUGGUUGUAUAGUAUAAAUGUCCCUGGAUUUCUUUUUGCUACUGGAAAAAAUGUUAUAUUUCUUAAGCAAAGUAGAGGUUCAAGCCCCUGGAGUGGACUCAUGUAUGAUUAUAUUCGACUUGAAGGCCCUCCUGCAAAUGAUUAAACAAAUUCGCAAGCUGAUUCUAAGUAAUCGUUGUUAUUCAUUGGAUUCCGGAGGAAUUACUUUGUUAGGAUUGGGGAAUUGCUACUAUUCUUCUUAAAUGGUGUGGAUUCUUUUUUAAUCUCCCGUCUUUUUUAAAAAAGCAAAACUCGAUCGGAUAGAACAGAUGAUAUAACUACAUAACUUUUUCUUUGGUGGAU